GUUCUUCGCCUGCCGCAGGAGGAGGGUUACUCGGUAGUAUCCCCGACGUUGUAUUACCAUUAAUCUACUUGGAGAGUUUACAAUUACGUGGACCGUGGACUACAUUUAAACAACUACAUACCCAGAUGAAAAUGACCAAUGUAAACGCCGCCAGCAUCGUUGUUGUCGUCUUCUUCCUCGUCAUCCAGGUCGCAGCGUUAACACUAGAUACAGAACAGGCAAGCCAGCUUCAGAAACGAGACACGUCCAAAUUAGACAUGAGUGCGUUACGGACAGCUCUGGAUGGGAUGGACACAGACCUACAGAGCAAACAGAAGCGCACGUGUGCAAUAGGCAUCAACAGCCACCACUGCGCCCUCGCCAGCAUGGACGACCGCAUGCUGUCUCGUGAGUGGCUUAACAACGGCUACAGCCCUGGCAAGAGGAACGGUGGAGCCAUUACUCCCGCCAUGCACAGCGAGGCCGAGCGUGAGCUGGAGGAGAUUUCCCUCAAACGCCAAGCUAUAGCAACACUCAAGUACCUUCUCCUCAAGAUUAAACAGAAUGAAAUCCAGCCACCCCCGAGGAAGAGAUCGUGCAGUCUACGACUAGGAGGUCUGUGCUUGACCGAGUCGCUGGACCGCGCAGCUAGCCAGUACUAUUACCUACGUAGUCCUCACAGCCCAGGUCGGCGGCGACGUGAUCUGCAGAGCCACCUCAACAAGCCUUAAAACAGUCUCAGUCCGGCUGUACUGGCUCACAGGUCAUCAGAAGGUUCAACCACCGUGACAGCUGAAACGCCAGCGUCUUCAUCAUUGCUUUCUUUGCGACAUCAUCGUUAUCACCUAAAACUGCGUGACCUAAGACCCAUACGCCAGUCCAGUACAUCUUGUGUGCAAUCUCAGAAUCUCAGAACAAAAUACUUGAAUCACGUUUAACUUCAUGAUCACAGUAUGUCAGAACACAGUGAAAAGGUGAUCUGCAAGAUGAAGUGUGUCCUAUCCAUCGUUCAUCUGUAAUUUCUGCUGAUUUAUCAAAGCUGUACAUUUCUGUAAUGAAAGGUAAACGACUGUCCUUAAGGUACAGUGUCAAGGCAGAUGAAGUUCAGAAAGAAACACUCCUCUCAUGCAUUAAUCAACGAUACCCCGGUCAAUUAAUUAACUAAUGGAAUUUAAUUAAAUACGCAAGCCUUGAUUGUAGCUGUGGGACAGACAGACAGCCUUGACCUUGAGGGUGGUGCCGUGUGAAAACUGCCGGCGUCAUUUUGAUUUAACACUCUCCUUUGGCUUAUCGGAUUUCAGUGAGUUGCAUGUCACAUUUCCAUUGUCUUAGUGUCGAUAACAGAAAUCCAUUUCCUCUUAACAAAUGCUGCUUCUCCUACGAAAAAUAAGAAAUCAAAAUAUUUUGAUGGUAGCAUUGACUGCAAUGCCAAUUGUUCUGAAAAAAUGUCAUCGUCCUGUAAUUGCGUGCAACGCCACGUGUUGAAUGCGAAUGUUUAUGUCAGAUAUAUGUUGGUUAUAUAUCAGAUAUAUAUCGGCAUGCCCGGUCCAGGUGAUGUCCGUUAUAUGUAUGAUAUACAACACAAGGGCCAGCGUCACGAAGUAUGUUUUGUCGAAUAAACAGCUUUCCAUCUUC